AUCUUUUUCCGGUCUUUUUUUCUCUCCAAAGAAAAUUUCCAAAUAAAGCCCGUCCAAAGGACAGACGGAGUGUGAGAGUCCUGUUAGGGGUAACUCGCCUAAAACCCGAAAACCAUGCUGAAGUUUGUGUUAUUGUCUCUUUGUGUGGGUUUGGCGAUGGGCAGCACAGUGGACAGAGGAGGACAUCUGGACAUCAGUGAGACCCUGGAGGCGCAUGUAGCGCAGGGACAGAGCACUUUAAACGAGAUGUUCAGAGAGGUGGAAAAACUGAUGGAGGACACCAAACACAAACUUGAAGAGGCUGUGCACCAGAUGGAGAACGAGUCUUCAAAAGCAUUACAUGCACGCAACCUACCGGACAGUUUUCACAAUGAAACUACAACAGAGAUUAAGAUUGGCAAUCGGACAAUCCAGCUGAUAGAGAGGAUUGAUAAGGAAACAGACCGUAAGACUGGGAAAACUCAAAUUUCCAGAACUCUCAUUCAGGGCCCCAGCCGAUGGAAUGAAGUAGAUCAUGAGUGUAUGAUUGAUGAAGAUUGUGAAGAAGGAAGCUACUGUCUGUAUGAAAUUAUCACCUCUAAAUGUGUCCCGUGCCAGACGACUAAUAUGGAGUGCUUAAAAGAUGAGGAGUGUUGCGGCGAGCAGCUGUGUGUUUGGGGCGUUUGUGCUCAGAAUCGAACCAAAGGACAAUCCGGAACAAUCUGUCAGUACCAGAGCGACUGUAGUCCUCAACACUGCUGUGCCUUUCACAAAGCCCUCCUCUUCCCCGUGUGUCGACCAAAGCCACAGGAAGGCCAGGGCUGUCACGACCACCCUAACCAAUUAAUGGAUCUCAUGCUGUGGGACGAGGAGGGACCACGCGAGCACUGUCCUUGUGCUGCAGGCCUGCACUGUCAGCCUCUCGGGAAAAACUCGGCGUGUGUGGAUGAGAGGAAUUCAUCUGGUGAAGGGACUGAACGGUUUGACAGGAACUGAACAUCAUCGGCGUUAUAGUGCAUUCCUGUAAUUUAUUUUAUAACUUUUUGUGCAUUGUGAUUUGUUUACCACCAGCGGCACCAAAAGAAUGGAAAAGCCGUUUCCAAACAACUUUUCUAAACCUACUACUUCUCAUUUUAGCCCUGGGUCUGCAAUGGAGGGUAUACAUUGACGUCACUUUCCACGUGACCACGCCCUGUUAAGUGACAAACGUUCAACAAAAUGGCUGGUUUUCAUAGCGGCCAGUAAAACUGACUAUUAUCAGCUUAAAUUGAAUUUAGUUGUACUUGAUAGCAGAGGUGGACAAUACUUAGUUACAUUUUCCAAGCAUCUGUGCUUUAUUAGGGUGUUUGUAUUGGGAAAAAUUUUACUUCACUACAUUCUAAAGCAUAUAAUCAUACUGUGUAUUCUUUAAUAUUGCAUAUUAAAAUUUAUUUAAUACCUAAUAACAUUAAAAUUGUGUACUUUUACUUGAGUAAAAAUACGUUAAUGUACUUGAAUAUUAAAUGUAAAACAAAAACUUUUUGAAAUCUAAUAGCGUAAAAAAUAUGAUAAUAUGCUUUGGAAUGUAUGUUUUCCAAAGAAAAACUCUGAUAAAAUACAAAUACUUGAAAAAAUACUUUUCAGUAAAAAGUAAAACUGCUUAGUGACCCUAUCAACUUGUCAACCCACCUGUGGUCUGUGGACGUUGGCAUGAACGAUCAAUUUACUUCUCCUUUCCAGUCUAUCGCACAACAGCUUUUUACCCAUUUAGACGCGUUUUACCGUGUUUUCGCUCACUUCACACUGUACACAAAUUCUGCCGCUCUUUUGCCACUCAGUGGGCGUAACCGCAGUCACUUUCGCCGAAGGUGACGUCAAUGUUUAAGACAGAACUUAACAUGCGUGACCAUUCAAACAAGAGGAGCAAUUUUCAGAGCCCCUGUACGGUUUUUACACUUUUCGGGGAAUCAGUCUGCAAAUAGUUAACUUAUCGAUGUGUUUGCAAACUAAGCUAGGUUAAGAGACAGUAUUUUAUCACAAAGAAAGCACUUUUUAGAAGUCAGUGCAAUGUUCUCAUUUUGUGGACCUGCUGUACAGCUGUAUGUUUGAUGUUACUUCCAUAUUAAAACCAUUCAUUUUUCAGGAAACAAA